AUGUAUGUGGUGAAGGUGUCGGACUUCCUGCAGAUGGAGGGCCCACCCCAGGCCCAUGAUGCCCUCAUGGAGCAGGGGCUUCUUCAUGAAUGGUGGCCUGGGAUGUUUGUGAUUUUCGUCUCGCACCAAUGGCUUGGCACUGGCCACCCAGAUCCCUGCGGGGCACAGACUGCAGUGCUGCGGCAAGCUUUCAGCAGUGCCUCGGUGAGUGACUGCAACAAUAAGGAGAAUGCAAGCCCCAAUAUGCAAAGAUGCUAUUGCAGUAGUCGGCAAAUUUCGAUGCAACCAACAACUGUUUGA